AUGGCCAGCUUGGAGCAAAAACUCACAGGGGAUGUGGCAAGCCUGAAAAAGAACAUAGGGCGAGUGUCUGAGGUGGUAAACGUCGACAUCACACCUAGCCGCACACAUGACCAUCCAUUUUCCGCAGAAAUAAUGGCGCCCCCUCUCCCCGACAAAUAUAGGUCACCGUCGAUCCCACCAUAUGAUGGUCGAAGGGAUCCCGACGAUCAUUUGGAGAUGUACACAGGACACAUGCUCUUACACGGAUGGUUUCGGACGCUGAGGCCAAAUUCUAUCUCAAGCUGGGAUGAGUUGAAGGAAGCAUUUUCCCUCCAAUUCAUAGGGGUUAAAAAAUACGUCCCCCCGAAGCAAAAUCUGACGGCUAUAUAUCAAAAGUCGAACGAGUCAUUAAGGGAAUGGCUUGCAAGAUAUGGGGAAGCUGUCGCCGCCACGAUGGAUAUAACAGACAGAGAGGCCUUGAUGGGGGCAUUAUCUAGCAUGAAGAAAAUUACCCCCUCCAAGAGAGAGCUAAACCGAAAACCCCUAUCCAGCUACAAGGAAUUCCUUGCGCGAGCGCAAGGGUACAUCAACGCCGAAGAGGCAGACGCAAAUGACCCCGAGCAUAGGUCCAACAAGAAUAAAGGGACCGAGCAGGGGUCGAUGCCAGCAAAGCAGGACGGGAAGAAGCGUCGAAGUGGAGGAAGCGGAGACAAGCAGCCAGCUGCAACGACGAGCGCUCCAAAAGCCAAGAAGCCAAGGCAAGAGGAUGCCCGUAAGCCUCGACUGUUUCAAAAGUACGAUUCCUACCACGAGCUAACGGUAGGAGUCGAGGAGGUUUUCAACCAGGUCGGCCGCGGAAACCUGCUACGCCGACCAGAACCGAUGAAAUCGGAUCCCAGCCGGAGGAACCAAAAGAAAUUCUGUAGGUUCCACGGCGAUGUCGGCCACCACACCAACGAUUGCGCCGACCUUAAGGAUGAAAUCGAGAGAGUAAUCCGCGAGGGGAGGCUACAGGAGUUCAGAGCCGAGUGGAGACCUCGAAACGACGGCCACGGAGGAGACUCAAGGAGGUCUCAGAAGGACUACGCUCACGAGGCCAAUGAGGUUUACCAAGAAAGGUUCUGGAGCGUCUCCGCUGCAAAAACCCCAAGAUAUAGCCACACCGACGUGGCCUUUAAUGAGGACGACGCCAGCAGAGUUCACUUCCCCCACAACGACGCAUUGGUGGUGGAAGCCAUGAUUGGGAACCACACUGUGUGCCGAAUCCUGGUAGACAAUGGGAGUUCGGUGGACCUCCUAUACUCCGACUGCUUGGAAAAAAUGGGGAUCCGAAAGGAGCAGUUGGAAAAGACCUCCAGGCCAUUAUACGGUUUCACCGAGGACUCCGUCAUCCCUCAGGGGACUAUCCGGCUGCCCAUUAUCGCAGGAGAAAAACCCCGACAGACUACGAUAAUGGCCAACUUUGUGGUAAUAAAGGGAGGCUCCCAGUACAACGCUGUAAUCGGGAGACCAACCCUUCAGGCGCUAAGGGCAAUAACCUCCGUCUACCACCAGAAGGUCAAGUUUCCUACCCCAAACGGCGUAAGUGAAAUGAAGAGCAACCCGUAUGAGGCUAGGGUUGCAUACUCCGAUGCCCUGCACGGAUACGACCAGCCAGGGAGACAGGAAACUAGGAUGGUCUAUCAAAACACCGUCGAAGACAUAGACCCCAGGGUUCAAGAGGAGGUCACAUGGUCCUAA